AUGGCUUCAACAACCGCAUUCACAACCAUCUCAACCGUCACACGUUCUUAUCCUACACCCUCCUCUUAUCCUUCACCCUUCCCCAAACCAAUCACAUCCCUCCAUUUCCCAUCCCAAACACCAACAACCCUCUCCCACCGCUCCACCCGCCUCCACCGCAUCACCGCCGUCUCCGCAGAAGUCGAAAAGCUCGGCAACGAGAUCUCCGGCCUCACACUCGAACAAGCCAAGAACCUAGUUGACUACCUCCAAGACAAACUCGGAGUAACCGCAGCCUCAUUCGCUCCCGCCGCCGCCGUUGCCGCUCCCGCCGCCGCGGAGGUCGCUGUCGUGGAAGAGCAAACAGAAUUCGAUGUGGUGAUUGAGGAGGUUCCGAGUAACUCGAGGAUUUCGGCGAUUAAAGCGGUUAGGGCUUUGACGAAUUUGGGAUUGAAAGAAGCCAAGGAGCUGAUUGAAGGUUUGCCGAAGAAAUUCAAAGAAGGUGUUUCGAAAGAUGAAGCGGAAGAUGCUAAGAAACAACUUGAAGGUGCAGGUGCUAAAGUUAACAUUGUUUAG